UUCAAAUCUGAGCUUUGCUCUUUUUUGAUUUGCCAGAAUGUGUUGUUCUAAGAAAGGUGGGAGGGGCUUAGUUACCGAUGAUUUCCGCUAUGUCUGUUGUUUGACAGCAACGAUUAACAAGAACCACGCGUUUCAGUUGCCAAAGAGUUACCAGUCAAUAUCGAGCCAUCCAGCUCUACAGGAGAAAGACAUUUCCAUGACAAAUGGAGGAAGAAGAUUGAUCAAAGUUAUCCAUAAUUUAUUCCAUCGUGGUCUUCACUCAAACACUCGAGUGGCCGUUGAUGGACCAGCCCUGUGAAGAAGCGGGGUUAGAAUGGGACAGAGCGCCUCGGAACAGGAGGUCCAACAAGAUACCCCAGAGGAAGGGUUUAACCACCACAUCAAGGCAUUUGUGGAGGAGGAGCUACAGACGAGCAUGAUGGUUGGCAUGGUGAUCGGUGCGGGAUUCGCCAUCAUCCUCAUCGCCAUCCUCAUCUUCUUCGUCCUGCGCAGGAUCCAGCUACGAAACAUUGAGGCCCAGGAGGCUCCUAAAUACCGCUUCCGUAAGAGGGACAAGGUCAUGUUCUAUGGGAGGAAGAUCAUGCGCAAGGUUUCCCAGUCUACCUCUUCUCUUGUGGGGACAGCCUCCUCCUCCCGCCCGCGCCUCAAGAAGAAGCAGAAGAUGUUAAACAUUGCCAAAAAGAUCCUGCGUUUUAAGAAAGAGGUCCCCAUCCUGCAGGCUAAGGAGCCUCCUCCGUCCGUGCUGGAGGCCGACCUGACGGAGUUUGACGUGGCCAACUCCCACCUGCCCUCCGAGGUGCUGUACAUGCUGAAGAACGUCCGGGUGCUGGGCCACUUUGAGAAGCCUCUGUUCCUGGAGCUGUGUAAGCACAUGGUGUUCCUCAAGUUCCAGCAGGGGGAGUACGUGUUCCGUCCGGGACAGCCGGACAGCAGCAUCUACGUGGUACAGGACGGCAAGCUGGAACUGUGCCUUACCGGACAGGAUGGCAAGGAUGGCGUUGUCAAGGAAGUCUACCGCGACAGUGUCCACAGCCUCCUCAGCAUCCUGGAUGUCAUCACAGGGCACCAGAAGCCAUAUAAGACUGUGUCGGCACGGGGCGAGGUGUCCACUGUUCUACGUCUACCGGUUGAGGCCUUCCUCUCCAUCUUUGAGAAGUACCCCGAAAGCCUUGUUAGGGUGGUACAGAUCAUCAUGGUCCGCCUACAGAGAGUCACCGUGCUGGCCCUGCACAACUACCUGGGCCUCACCAACGAGCUCUUUAGCCAUGUAGUCAGAAUUGUAAGAGGUCUGUCUCUUUGUCUCUCUUGUUGUCCUUUUUCCUCCUCUUUCUCUCCUUUUCUCCCCUCUCCCCCUCCCUCUAUCUCUCUCCGUCCAUCUAAGGCGAUGAACUCAGUGUUUAAGACGGUACUGGACCUGACCUAUCCCAUCACCUCCAUGUUCUCUGGCUCCGCCUUCAACACCAGCAUCUCCAAGGUGUUCCAGGACAAGCAAGCUGAGGACCUAUGGCUGCCAUACUUCAACGUCACCACUGACAUCACAGCCUCAGCCAUGCGUGUGCACCAGGAUGGCUGCGUGUGGCGCUAUGUCAGAGCCAGUGCCUCCUACACCCCCUACCUGCCCCCCCUCUGCGACCCCAAGGAUGGCCACUUGCUUGUGGACGGUUGCUAUGUCAACAAUGUCCCAGGCUCACUGUGGCGGUAUGUGCGGGCGAGCAUGACCCUGUCUGGGUACCUGCCACCCCUGUGCGACCCCAAAGAUGGCAACUUGCUCAUGGAUGGUGGCUACAUCAACAACCUGCCAGCGGACAUCGCCAGGAACAUGGGCGCCAAAACGGUGAUCGCCAUCGACGUAGGCAGCCAGGACGAGACUGACCUCUGUAACUAUGGCGACAGCCUGUCCGGCUGGUGGUUGCUUUGGAAACGGAUCAACCCCUGGGCUGAGAAAGUGAAGGUUCCGGACAUGGCAGAGAUCCAGUCCAGGCUGGCCUACGUCUCAUGCGUGCGUCAGCUGGAGGUGGUCAAGAAGAGCGCCUACUGCGAGUACAUCCGACCGCCCAUCGACCGCUUCAAGACCAUGGACUUUGGCAAGUUUGACGAGAUCUACGAUGUGGGAUACCAGCAUGGCAAGCUGCUCUUCACGGGCUGGGCUCGCGGUGACAUCAUCCACAAGAUGCUGAAGGAUCACCGCUCAGCCGACUACAGCGAGAGCAAGAAGACCGACACGUGCACCUGCCCGGGGGCGGACUUCACCGACCUGGCCGAGAUCGUGUCCAGGAUUGAGCCGGUCCAGACCUACGUGGCUGCGGACGCAGAGGAGUCGGACUGUCUGACGGAGUACGAGGAGGAGGGCAUGGACACGGUGCGGGAGGAGGAGGGGGAGGAGGACGAGGAGGAGGAGGAGGCCGACGACCAGGAGGACCAGGAGGACCACUCGCCCGGAGAAUGGGGCCAGAACGGAGUCUUCCAGACGGAUGAGGAGAAGACCAUCCGCCAGCGGAGAAAAGCUGCUAACGACUCUGAGUUCUCCGACUGCUGACAGAGGAGCAGAGAGGAGGAGGAGAGGAGGAAGAAGGGAGGAGAGGAGGGAAGAAGGGAGAAGGGGAUGGAGGAAAAGAUCAAGAGCAAAGAGGGCGACGUGAGAGGAUGUGAGAGGACAGACUGACCUCAGGUCAGCCACAGCAGCUGUCUGAAUCUCAUGCCUUCUUUUUGUGUGUUGCUGGUUUGAAGCAGAACACUUUAUUCCCUUGACCUUUGAACCUUAACCCUUGAAGCCCCUGCAAGCUGGUUCGUCCCAUUGGUUUGUCACCCCCUCCUCAGACUGAAGACCAACUUGUUUCCUGAACUUGGUCCUUGCUCCCAGGCCUCACCUGUGGGAGCCACAAACAGAGAGAGACCCAGUGAGGUUCCUGGCUGGCCCGCACCCCCCAACGUCCUGCCUGUCUGGCCACAGUCACACUUGGUCAUUAUUGGUAUUCUUUCUGAUUGAAGAGACCAAAAGGUAUUUUGUUAUCCAACUUUUGUUUGCAGAUGGAUGGAUGGUCAUAUGGAUGGAUGGAUGGAUGGAUGGAUGGAUGGAUGGGUGGAUGGAUAUAUGGAUGGAUGGAUGGAAAUUUCAAAGGAUGUAUGGGUGCAUGUGUGGAUGGAUGGGUGGAUAAGAGUUGUAUCAGAGCUAGAAUGAUGGAUAGAAACAGUUGGAAUCAAAUCAGAAGACAUUUAGAGAGGAAUAGACAAGACUGUACAGAGAUACCUUAGAGACCAAAAUAUUAGUCUAAUUAAUAAAAUGGUACUACAAUGAAAAAAUAAAUGAAUUGACUGACUGAAUGCAGCUGUAGGUAAAUAACUAUGAAUUGAGUUGUGAAUGUCAGUGAGUGUUUCAGCCAUAUAGCCUUUGAAACAGAGGAUGACAAGGCCAUUUGAAUCUGUCUUGUAAACACAUACAAAACAAUGAGGGUCGGUUUGCCAAUUAUCUACUAUCACCCCCCACACCACCACCACACACACACACACACAUUCACACACACACACACGCUGUCCAUCUCUCCCAAUUUCUGCUUUACAUGGGUCAUGUACUCAUUUCUAAAAUGUCACAGAAGCCAUUUGAUUGAACCUACUGUACAGUUAAUGAUGCAAACUUGUGUUAGAGAUGUUAAUAUCUAUAUUACACGCACAUGUUGAUAAUUGUAAGUUCUGUAAAAAAAAAAAAGAAACAAAUGUAUGUUUUCCGUUGAUGCUGUGCUGCAAAAUGUGGGAACGUAUGCCUGAAACAGUUUCCUGUUCGACCCAUUCAUCAUGUUCUCAAUAUUUUUACCAACUUGUUUUUGCUUUUUAUUUAUUUGUUUGUGAUACCACUAGCUUUUUCUAUUUUUUAUCUGCCAUUUUAACACAGAAAAAAAGGAAAAUACAACUGGAUAUUUGAAUAACCCACAGUAGUACAUAAAUAACUCUUAUCGGUAGUUGUUGGCUUUAGCUACUUUGCACAGAUGAAUAUCUCGGAUAACUAGUUUGUUGGAAAAACCAAUAUAUAUUUUUUUGCUUUCCCUUUUAAGAUGCCAGUGGAGACUGGAAAAUGAAUGGGAUGUAACCUAUUAUUUAACGUUGAUAAUAUGAAUACUGAAUAAUGAAUAUAAAUAACGACGUGAAUGACA